GUGAGAGCGUCUUUGAACUAGACCUUCAAAGGAAUGCAAUCAGCAAAAUAGAAGAUGACGGAUUCCGAAAACUUGCGCUUUUGCAGAAGUUGGAUUUAUCUUCAAAUGAAAUUCCAAUCUACGAUAACGGAUGGAAUUCUUCGUUUUUGCCAGGAAGCCUUGUUACGUUGCGACUUCACAGAGCCCAAACGGUGCCCGCAUCCUUUCCAACGUAUCCAAACCUUAGUCAUUUACAGAAUUUGUCCAGUCUAACGCUCGAUGGCCUUACGGAUGUGGAGUUUCUGACCUCAUACUUGGGACUCAACUUGAGACAUUUAUCACUAUCAUCCUCGCACUAUCAAGCAAACUGUAAUCUCAACGAAGUAACAAAUAGGACCUUUGCCAAUUUGUUGAACGUGAAAAAUUUGGAUAUUUCUGGUUGUGGAAUAACACGCAUUUAUGCAGGAGCGCUGGAGAAUUUACGAAACCUUGAAGAACUGGAUGUUUCCAUGAAUACGGGUUUGGAAUUCGAAAGUUUGGAGAAUGCUACGUAUGCACUACAGUUUACGAAUGUGAGACGUGUUAAUUUAUCACAUAUCUCUCAAGAAUAUAAUAGUGGUAACGACAUCUGCAAACAAGACUUGUGUUAUCUUUGGAAUACCAGUUUAGAAGAACUUGACGUGUCGGGUAACGGAAUUGGAUGUAUCGAAACCAACGCACUUAUCCUCAUGCCGAACUCGUUGCGAACACUAAAUGUUAGCAACAACAACUUUGUUUAUGCUAAUUACCUUUCGCAGUUCGGAUGCAUGGAUAACUUGACCGAACUUAUUGCAUAUAAUCUGAAUAAACCCUUUAGAGCAAAUCAGAUAUGUCAUGGAUGUGGUAUUAAUAGUAAGAAGUCUUUUUCGACGUGCCCUUACACGACUGACGCGUUUUUACAGAAACUCGCAACAACAAAACGUAAUUGCAGUUUUAUAAACGAUAAACGUAAGUUUCAAGUUACAUUACCUCGCCCACUUAAAACAAUAAUCGUCAGUUAUAGCAAUUUUGAAUAUACAUUGAAUAUAUCACGAAUUGAAAUACAAUCGAAUGUGAUACAGUACCUCGAUGUUUCAGGAAAUAAUUUCAAUGUUUUAAAUGGCUAUAUCGGUCCGCUUUCUGAGCUACAAAUACUCAAUGUGUCUAAUUGCAGAAUAGAAUAUAUUGGCAGGGAGACUCUAAAUUAUGCUGCAGUCGUUGAUUUACAACUAGAUACAAAUAAGCUUGGGCCACAACUGGCAAACGAGAAUUAUUCGGGAAUAUUUGGUGAACUUAAGGAACUUAAAACUCUGAACCUAUCGCGCAAUGGAAUUACAGUCCUGUAUACUUCAACGUUCUCUUCCCUUAUCAAACUAGAAACGCUUGACCUAAGUUACAACAAUAUUGAACUAUUUGAUAUAAAUAUAGACACAUUGAAGAAUAUUUUGUACCUGUAUUUAUCCUGCAAUUCCAUCCAUACUUUAUCUGCUGGAGUGCGAGAGAGAUUGAUUGAAAACGAACAGGAUCUUUCAAAAUUGUUUCAGAUCGAUUUACAAACAAACUAUAUAUCAUAUGAUUGUCAAAAUCAGGAAUUCCUGCAAUGGAUAUUUGACCAUCAAUACAAUUUUAUUUCUUUAGACACAUACAUGUUUAUUUCACCAGAAGGGGAUAUUCUUAGCACAGAACACGUAAAUAACGACUUACAUAGUCUGUCUUCAAGAUGCACGUCAUACACUUAUGUAAUAGUCAUUGCAACGUUGGGACUUUCCAUUUUCUUUGUGGCUGUUCUCGCAGGACUUGUUUAUAACAAUCGCUGGAAAAUACGAUACCUCAUUUACAUGUCAAAAAAGAGCUUUUUACGAUCUGAACGGCACACUGACUAUACGGUAAUAGAAAACUACGCACACGACGCUUUUAUUUCGUACGCUGAAGAAAAUACGCGUUUUAUUCUCGAUGACUUCUUACCCAGAUUGGAUUCGGAAGAAGUUUCUCUGUGCCUUCAUCAGCGAGACUUUUUGCCAGGCGAGGCCAUCUCGGACAACAUUAUACACGCCAUCCAGAGCAGCAGAAAGACAAUCGUCAUUUUGUCAGAAGCCUUUCUGAAGAGCAAGUGGUGCUUGUAUGAGUUUAACAUGGCGCGUAUGGAUUGCAUAUAUUCUAGGAACGACCAGUUGUCUCUCAUUGUUGUGAUGUACGAACAAGUGCCACAUAAUAAAAUGCCAUUGGAAAUGCUAGAAUGGAUUAAACAAAAUAAUUAUAUCGAGUACACGGUGGAAAGAGACGGGAAUUUACUUUUCUGGGAGAAAAUGAAACAAGUAAUAAACGAUUCAAAUUAAAUGAUGACUAGUUUAUACGCUUUCAAGAACAUUCUUGCCAGAUCUCUGUGAUCAUUGCAUCAACUAUAAACCUUCAUAACACACUGUUCAAUAGCGACAUGUUGGCGAUUUUUGAUAUUUAAGUUUACAGUGGACUGUUAACACUAUUGUGUACGCAGAUGUCUUCGCAAAUAUGUUCAGCUCGUUUGUGGGUACAAAUUCAAGUUUUGAAUAUUUCAAGAUGUUCGAUAUUUAGAAUCGUCAUUGAAUCAUUAGACUACAUGACUCUCCUUAUAUUAGGAUCGGACUUCAACCUUCUUGGGUAAAAAUUUGUGGAUGAACAACUGGCUCACAUAUUUCACAAUAUGCUAUCAAUUGAAGAACUGCUUUAGUCCUUUAACAGAGUAACAACCUUGUUUACUAUCACAUUUGCACCUCUUACUCGUAUCAGUUUAGAUGGAAUCGAUCUAAAAAAUGACAAUCUGGGAACUAUUGAUAUAAGUUUUAAUCCCCUGUGCAUAUACAUUUAUAAACAAUAGACAUUCAUAAUCGAGAAGGAAGUAUACUAAAACAGCUGGAAAUAAAUGCAAAUGAAGCGAAGAAGACUUGAUUUGAGUGAUAUUGAAGGUGCGAUAUUUUCUCCAUAUGUUUAGGCGACGUCAUUUCGGUUACAGGAUGGUCGACGACGUUGAUAGAGUACGUGAAGAAACACCCACCUACGUUGAGAAGAACGAUGUUACACUUCAUAACAUAGCCCUUCUGCUCGGCAAGCCUAUUGGAUAACACUAUUUCGCCAUUUAAUUCAACAUGAAUAUUUGGAAUUUGUAUGGGUACCGUUUAACAAUCCUGACCAGUAUUCAAUUGAAGCUGUUGUGAAAGAUAUGAGAGUUAAUUGCCUCAUGAUGUAUGAAAUAUAUUGGCCGUGCUCUGUAAAAAGGGGGUUUAAUGCAUGUGCGUAAAGUGUCAUCCCAGAUUGGCCUGUGCAGUCCGCACGGGCUAAUCAGGGACAACACUUUCCGCUUUUAUGAUAUUUUUUGUUUAAAGAAAGUCUCUUCUUAGCAAACAUCUAGUUUAGGCGGAAAGUGUCGAACCUGAUUAGACUGUAGGGACUGCAUAGGCAAAUCUUGGACGGCACUUUACGCACAUGCAUUAAAACCCCUUUUCACAGAGCACGGCUCAUAUCGAAAAGCAUCAAGCAUAAUAAAAGUAUCAUUUAAUCACAUUUCAUUACAUUCUUAAAUAUAUUCGAUUUUAUUUUUGUAUCAAGACUUUCGUUGUGUGCUAUGAACUACAUUCAGUCUAUUUGUAAUAGGUUAUCAUAGUAACCUAUUUGUUUAUUUCCAUGUUUGACAGGUUUUUCUCAUGGUCAUUUUACUUCUCUUCAAUGCUAUUGAAUUGUAAAUGUUAUAAAAUUACACAGAUUAAAGCAUGGCAAUAAGUAACAUGCAUAUGAACAGUUAAAUGAAAAUUAAAUAAAAAUGUGAUUUGUAUACAUGUUAAAGAUAUUUAAGUGUUAUUAUUUUAAUUUUUGAUUUCUAUGUUUUAUUAAAUUAUCAUAAAUUAAUUAAACUCACUCAGCCUUUAUUGUCUGUUAAUUGAAAUUGAACAAAAAUGUAUAUUGUUUCAUAAUGAUACGUUUGAAACAAUUUUCAAUUUCUUUCUGUUUGAAAAUGGAUUCUUUGUAUUGACAUUGGUUGUUUUGUUUACAAUUUUAAUAUGCAGUUCAAGUUUCACAGACACUAUUUAUGAUUUAAAACAUGAGAUUCAUGUUUUGAAACAUUUUGUAACAGUCUUUAGAAUGAUGUUACAAUUGCGUUUAAUGCUGUUGUUGUUUAAUUUCAAUUAUACUCUUUCUGAUCACAAAUCUUUAAAUAACUUUAAGUACUUUAAGUUCUUACUUUAAGUAACGGUAGAGACAAAUACACACUUUUUUAAUGUACCAUAAUAACUUUAUUCAACAAGUAUACUACAAAUUCGAUUUGACAUUUUUACUUGAUUAAAAAACACACUGAAAUACUUCUGUUAAAACCCAGAAUUUUACAGAUUUGAGUUGUGCGUUCUGUUUCUAUGGUAUCCAAUUUUAUUUUUAUACUUUUAAAAAGGUCUUAUUAUUAUUAAGAAACAUAAACUGUAUGCAUAUAACAAACAAUACACUAUUGAUAAAAAUUUAUCAAUUUCAGAUUUACAAAAAAUAUUGCAAUACUGACAUACGAAUAAAUCGUGAACUGUCA